CUAUCUUCUCCCCGCAAGCCGAGGUGGUGCGGGAGUUCAGUUUCGGGGCGGCGGUGGAGCGGGAGGGGGUGGCGGGCGUGCGGGUGUAUGGCAGCGGAGUGCUGGUGAUCACCGAGCCCCCGGUGCAGCAGGGGCAGGGCCAGGCGGACAAGCAGCAGGGGCAGCCGCCGUCCGCAGCUACACAGGCGCCCCAUCAGAAGGGGACUCCAGCACCCGGCGGUGGCAGCACUAGCAGCAGCAGCACCACCACCACCACCUCUGUCGCCCCAGGCAGCAUCUGGGCGGUCACCAACCUGCACGACCCCAAACCCACACGCCUCGCCAUGCCACCCGCCGCAGCCAUCAUGCUCGCCACCUCCUCCCCCUCCUCCUCCGCCUCCGCCUCCACCUCCCCCACCUCCCCCCGCCCCGGCCUGCCCUCCUGCCUCGCUGUCAUCGAGCCCCGCCACUCGCUUUCCCGCGGUCUGGAGGUGCUGGCGGUGUGGGGAGACACAUUGUGGCAGCUGGACGACUGCAGCGCCACAGACCACCACCCGCCCGCACUGAGGGGGGCAGGAGCAGGAGGGAGAGGAGGGGGAGGGAAAGGCGCAGCAGCAGCAGCAGCAGCAGCAGCAGGAGGAGGAGGGGGUGCGGUGCAUGUGGAGGUGUCCCCGGAUGGGGCGUUUGUGGCGCUGUUCACGGCGGGGGGGCGGCUGGUGGUGCUGUCGGCGGACUUGACCAAGCAGCUCACGGAGUUCGAGACCCGUGGGUCGGAGGCGCCCCCCUCCGGCCUCCACUGGGUUGGAUCCGACGCCGUACUGCUGACGUGGCCCGACGGCACCGCCGUACUCGUGGGGCCGUACGGUGACAGCGCAGAGUGGCAGCUGGGGGAGGACAUCACCGCGGUGAUCCCCGAGGUGGACGGCUGCCGGCUGCUGCUGGGGCGGGGGCGACAUGAGCUGUGGAGGAAGGUGCCGGAGCCGUGUGUGCAGGUCUUCCGCCCCGGCUCCACCGCCCCCCCCGCUCAGCUCUGGGAUGCGCGGUCCCUGUACGACACCUGC